GGCCUAGUUACUGUGGCUACUCACCGGUUUUGUAGUCCUCUAAGAUGUCUGGCGAACAAGUAUGGUCCGACUGGGGUUACGAUGAGAACAGAUCGCAGUAUUAUCGUACACGAUACGACGCAAGAGGACGAUUAAUUUACGACUGGGCCCCAGCUUCUAGCGGCACUUCAUCUCAGGAGACACCACGAAGUGCACGGGGGGAGGGAACUCCCAAUUCAGCCAGCUCAGAUACGUAUUUUGGGAACUACGACUAUCGCCUUGCGGGGCAAUCGCAGGGAUAUAAUUCUGUCGAUGGCCUGUCAAAUUCGUUUGCCAGAACCUCGAUUGAUGACAUACAAUCAGGAAGUGGAUCUGUGUCAUAUUAUACUCAAUCUACCUCUCGAUAUCCUACAGUAGGGUCAGGUUCAAGAGGUUAUAACAUUUCUCGAUCAGCAGUUCCAACGGGUUCGAAUAGUUACUAUCAGGGCUCUCAGGCACAACAAGACGAGUAUCCGUCCGCUGACUACACGGGUGAUCCAACAACUGGCUCAUACGCAUCGGUAUCCACUGUUAGGCCGGGUACUAAUUCAGGUAAAAGUCCUGCACUGAACGUAGUAGAUCCUAUAGCAUCUAGAACUCCGAAACACAUUUGGGGAACUAAAGGGAAGGAAGAAAAGCUUGACAAGCGAUAUCACAUUCACAGUUCUUCGGAGUUCAAACUGGGCUAUGUAUUCAAAAUGUUAUGGAGUGAGCCAGCAGGAGAAACUUCAAAUAACGAAACCGUCAUUACACGGGAUUCCGAAGCUAUAAGUAUAGUAAAGCACGGGGAGAAGGUUCACUCAUCGAUUCGACGUUUUGUAAUAGUUAAAGAGUACCCUGGUCACUGUCUAUGCUUGCCUAUCGUCACGUACCAGCGCCAAGGCGCCACGAAGAAUGGCGUCAAGAGCGAGCAUCAUGCAAUUAUCUACAUGCGAGAAUGCCCCCAGCCACUUGAAGGCGAAGUUAUUAUCAAUAGCCCAGUGGAAAUCAAACCUAAGACCCACCGGGACAAGUUGGUUCCGGAAUCCCGCGUUAAUUACGCAAAGGUUUACACCAUUGAACACAAUGUUAAGGUUUGGUUCAUUGGUAAGAUCGAAAAACAAAACCUGAACAGAUUCAUAAAGGCAUUUGACAAUAUUUAUUGUAAUGGAUAGGUGAAUCCAUACUGAUUGGCUUGAUGAACUUGCUUCGAUAGCAUACACCUUUGGCACAUCUUAGGAAAGGAAAGGAUAUUGAAAUACUUUCAAGUGAAAGGAUGUCAAAAUACGAUUAAUAACGUCCACGGACAUAAAUACGUUUGGAAUACGGAGUGUCAGUGUAGAUUAGCAUUUUCAGAGCCAUUGAACGUGGGACUUUGGAUGGAUAAUCUUUUGAUUUGGGGGUUUAAUAGUUUUGACGUACUUGGGAUUUAGGAUUCAAGUUGUUGAGAACCCAUGGAAUGACGGGGUUUCACUUUAUGAAUAACGGCCU